AUGGAUAUCGAGAAGAAGUCCCACGCCAGCAUGGACGAGAAUGAGUCUUGCGACUCCAAGAGCCAGGGGCAAGUCAUAUCUCCUAAGCCUGAAGCUCUCCAGCACCUUUCUGAUGAGGAACUCACGGCUCUGGAGAAGCGCCUUAGGCGCAAGAUUGACCUACGUCUGCUUCCAUGCAUGAUCUUGAUCUACAUCAUGAACUAUCUCGACAGGAAUGCCAUUGGAGCAGCCCGACUUGGAGGCCUGGAGCAGGAUCUGGGAUUGAAAGGCAAUGAGUUCCAGACUGCCGUAUCUGUGCUUUUCGUUGGCUAUGUUCUCAUGCAAGUUCCUUCCAACAUGCUGCUGAACAAAAUCGGAAAGCCAGCCUCCUACCUUACGGCUUGUAUGACCGGAUGGGGCGUUCUAUGUGCUUCCACUGGCGCUGUCCAUAGCUUCGGCGCACUCACUGCAGUUCGCUUCCUUCUCGGCUUUGUUGAAGCGGCUUUCUAUCCCGGCGCCAUGGCAACUCUCAGCGCGUGGUAUGUGCGAAAGGAACUAGGCAUUCGAACUGCGAUCUUCUACUCCGGAUCUCUAAUCUCUGGCGCCUUUUCGGGACUAAUCGCCGCCGGCAUCAUUGACGGCAUGAACGGUGUUGGUGGACUCCUGGCCUGGCGAUGGAUCUUCAUCCUUGAAGGCUCAGCUACUGUUGUCAUCGCCUUCUGCUGCUACUGGAUUCUCCCCGACUUUCCAGCAACCACUAAAUGGCUCACUGAAGAGGAACGUGCCAUUGCUUUGUGGCGUAUGGAAGUUGAUGCUGCUGGUGAACAGGACUGGACAGCAGGUGACCAGCAAUCUCUCUUCCAUGGUUUCAAGCUGCUUCUCCAGGACCCUAAGAACUGGAUCUUGAUUGUUGUCUGCUAUGGCGCUGCUAGUGCCAUCGCAAUCAACAGCUUCUUCCCUACAAUUGUGAAGAGCAUGGGCAAAGACAGAAUCACUACCCUCUUGCUCACCGCACCUCCAUAUCUACUGGCCUGCAUCGUCUGUGCGGUUGUAGCGUGGAACGCCGACCGGGUGCAAGAGCGCUUCUGGCAUACCAGUUUGUCUAUUGCUUGUGCGCUUGCAGGCUUCAUCAUCUCCGCUUCCACCACCGGCAUUGGCCCUCGCUACUUCGGUGCCAUGAUCAUGCUUCCUGGCAUCUACUCCGGCUUCAACAUGUCCAUGGUAUGGACUGCUAACACCAACUUUCGCCCCGUGUCUAAGCGAGCUGCGGCGCUGGCAUUCAACAAUGCCUUGGCGACUAUCUGCAGUAUCUACGGAUCCUUCCUGUAUCCCAAUGGUGCUGAGCCGCGAUUUAUCCUGGCUUUCAGUGUAAAUGCCGCUAUGGCUACUAUCGCUAUAAUCGCCAGUAUCGCGCUUCAUUUCGUUUUGAAGCGUGCUAACCGGAAACUGGAACUCAAGGAGGCUGAAGAGGAAGCUGUUGGACGACAUCUCCCAGGAUCUGGGUUUCGAUACCUUACUUAA